AUGUUGCUAACAAGAGCGGUUGUUUGGACUUUUCUGUCCUCGCUUGCGUUGGGCGCCCCUGGCUCCAUCAGACGAUCUUCCACAAGCCGUCCACAUCGUUGCGUAAUCCCGUCAUCGAACGGAACAGCCGACGAUUCCCCGGCUGUUCAGAGAGCUUUUGCCAAAUGCUCCUCCGAUUCUAUCAUUGUGUUCCAAGAAAGCUCGAAUUACAACAUUUUCACACCCAUAAGUGCUACCAACCUCAGUAACGUUGAGAUCCAAGUGAAUGGCAAUCUUCAUUUGCCACAGAACAUAACUACUGUCCAACGCAUCGUCAAUGGAACAGGCGGAGACCUUUAUUCCAAUGGACAAUAUUGGUUCGAGUUCAAGGGCCCUCGAAUUGACUAUACUGGCUCUUCAAGGGUCAACAAUGGCUGGAUCAACUCCUAUGGUCAAGCUUGGUGGGAUGCAAACCCUGUGAAUGGCACUGGUAUCGACUACCGUCCCCAUCUGAUCAGCUUCCACACUACCGAUGGCUCUUUCAAUUACUUCAAGUCUCGCAAGCCCAUUGCUUGGAACGUACAGUUGCAAGGUGACAAUAUCACUGUAGCACAUGCCUUCAUCGAUGCCGAGUCUACUGGAUCAUUUCCCUUCAACACGGAUGGAUUCGACGUGACCGCGACCAACGUUCACAUUUCGGACAGUGUGAUCUAUAAUGGUGAUGAUGCCAUUGCAGUUCAAUCGGGAUCUCACAAUGUUGUUUUUGAACGGAAUACUAUCGGAUAUCAAAGCCACGGAAUGAGCAUUGGUUCACUCGGUGAAGACCAGACAGACUUUGCUAAUGUUUCUAAUAUCCACUUCGAGGAUGUUACGGUUAUUGAUGCUGUAUAUGGUUCUCGAUUCAAGUCAUGGUCUGGAGGCCAGGGUAUUGCGAAGAAUAUCACUUGGAAGAACAUCCGCGUGUACAAUGUUACUUUCCCGAUCUUUGUCACUCAGAGCUAUACCAAUCAAGGAUCUUCACAGACACAGCUGGGCAAUGGAGUGACUACUGGGCGCCCUAAUAAUGCCUCUGUCAUGAUGGAGAAUUUUGUCUGGUCUGAUUUCACAGGAACUGUCAAUACAUGGCGCCCGGGCGAUGGCUCUUGUGUCACUGAUCCUUGCUGGUAUGAUGAUGGACUGCCGGAUCUUAAGCAUACCGAAGCUGUGAUCAUUGAGUGCAAUACCAACUCUUCCUGUAAGGACUUUACACUCAGUAACAUUGCUAUUAUCCCACAGAACCUGUCCCCUCCCACAGUGGUCUGCAUGAAUGCGACAGCGGAACUGAACCCACAGCUUGGAUUCAGCUGCCGAAAUGGGACGUUCCUUCCAAACUGA